AUGGGGUCGGGGUGGGGAGCGCUGCGGUCUGAGGAGGCGGGUGUAGGGACAGUGCGUUUGGGCGCAGGCUGCCGCGAAGGGACAGCUGGCGAGGGAUAUGUGGGGUGUCAAACGCGGACGCGUUUGGGGCGGGAGUGUCAGAACUGGAGUGUACAGACACCCCACAAGCACCAAGUGCUGCUGCAGCAAAACCACAACUUCUGCAGAGCUGCUGCUGGGGCCAACUACAUUUGGUGCUUCACCACGGACCCCGACUUGCGCUCCGACCUGGUGCAGCCCGGGGACUUGUUCGACAUAGUGGUGGAGGGGCGGUUUGCGGGGCCUUACUACGACAUAGCAUUUUUCAAAGCUGCGGAGGAGACAGGAGACCCUUGCGGGGGCCCCGCGGCCUCCCAAGACAUCACUGUGCACAACGCGCCCCACAGCAUUGCCAAGAGACUCUUUCCCUUUGUCUCCAAGGGGACACUUGCUGCGCUGGUGUGGGGCGACGUGGAGGUCAAGGCCGGGGCUGCAGGGGCCUACGCAGUUUGUCUCUGCAGCUUUUCUUACUUCCUCGUCCAGGAGCGCAGACACCGCAGACGCAGGGGCGGCGGAGGCGGGGGUGUAGAGACAGCCGGAGGCAGGAGCUGCGGUGUCUUUUGCCAGCUGGCUGGGGUGUCUGUACAGCGGGGUGCGGGGCGUGGGGUGUACGUACACCGGAAGCUGCGCAUGCUUGCAGGCCCGUUUGCGGAGAAAACCACUUUCGAGAUGGAAGCUGGAGAAGCGCGGAAAGUGAGUUUGGGGGGCUUUGGGUUUUCAAAAGGAGACAGUGUCUCCGUGAUGGCUGCGGACUUCGACUGCGACGCCAGUGUCUCCUCCUUCGCAGAGACCAUGCAGAGUCUCCUCCGCCGGGGGCCCCAGGGACAGAGGGCCCUCGCGGGGGCCCUCCAAAUGGGGACAGCCACUGCAGCAGUCCUCGAGCCUGUCUCCGUCGACUCUUCGGAGACAGGCUCCACUCUGCAUCUUCCCGAGUUCACUCUUUACAACACGGGGCUCUACGCCGCCUGUUGGAGACCCAAAAGCCUUUCUGUCUCCGCCACUGCGGCCUACUUCAACGUCUCCGGUCCGCGCCAAAGGGGACUCGGGUCUCGGGGACUUUAG